AUGUCUUGUGAGAGGAAAGGCCUCUCGGAGCUGCGAUCGGAGCUCUACUUCCUUAUCGCCCGGUUCCUGGAAGAUGGACCCUGUCAGCAGGCGGCUCAGGUACGCUCACGGGGCGUCCUCUUCCCGCAGCUGCUGCCCCGGCGCACCGACUGGACCGGGAAGGAGCAUCCCAGGACCUACCAGAAUCUGGUGAAGUAUUAUAGACAUUUAGCACCUGAUCACUUGCUGCAAAUAUGCCAUCGACUUGGACCUCUUCUUGAACAAGAAAUUCCUCAAAGUGUUCCUGGAGUACAAACUUUAUUAGGAGCUGGAAGACAGUCCUUGCUACGCACAAAUAAAAGCUGCAAACAUGUUGUGUGGAAAGGAUCUGCUCUGGCUGCAUUGCAUUGUGGAAGACCACCUGAGUCGCCAGUUAACUAUGGCAGCCCACCAAGCAUUGCGGAUACUUUGUUUUCAAGGAAGCUGAAUGGGAAAUACAGACUUGAGCGACUUGUUCCAACUGCAGUAUAUCAGCACAUGAAAAUGCAUAAACGAAUUCUUGGACACUUGUCAUCUGUGUACUGUGUAACUUUUGAUAGAACUGGCAGACGGAUAUUUACUGGUUCUGAUGAUUGUCUUGUGAAAAUCUGGGCAACAGAUGAUGGGAGGCUGCUAGCUACUUUAAGAGGACAUGCUGCUGAAAUAUCAGACAUGGCUGUAAAUUAUGAGAAUACCAUGAUAGCAGCUGGAAGUUGUGAUAAAAUGAUCCGAGUCUGGUGUCUUCGAACGUGUGCACCUUUGGCUGUUCUUCAGGGCCACAGUGCAUCUAUAACGUCACUACAGUUCUCACCAUUGUGCAGUGGCUCAAAGAGAUAUCUAUCUUCUACUGGGGCAGAUGGCACUAUUUGCUUUUGGCUUUGGGAUGCUGGAACCCUUAAAAUAAAUCCAAGACCUGCAAAAUUUACAGAGCGCCCUCGACCUGGAGUUCAAAUGAUCUGUUCUUCUUUUAGUGCUGGUGGAAUGUUUCUGGCCACAGGAAGCACAGAUCAUAUUAUUAGAGUUUAUUUUUUUGGAUCAGGUCAGCCAGAGAAAAUAUCAGAAUUGGAGUUUCAUACUGACAAAGUUGACAGUAUCCAGUUUUCCAACACUAGUAACAGAUUUGUAAGUGGUAGUCGUGAUGGGACAGCUCGUAUUUGGCAAUUUAAACGAAGAGAAUGGAAGAGCAUUUUGUUGGAUAUGACUACUCGUCCAGCAGGGCAAAAUCUUCAAGGAAUAGAAGAUAAAAUCACAAAAAUGAAAGUAACUAUGGUAGCUUGGGAUCGACAUGACAAUACAGUUAUAACUGCAGUUAAUAACAUGACCCUGAAGGUUUGGAAUUCUUACACUGGUCAACUAAUUCAUGUCCUGAUGGGUCAUGAAGAUGAAGUGUUUGUUCUUGAACCACAUCCAUUUGAUCCUAGAGUUCUCUUUUCUGCUGGUCAUGAUGGGAAUGUGAUAGUAUGGGAUCUGGCAAGAGGAGUCAAAAUACGAUCUUACUUCAACAUGAUUGAAGGCCAAGGACAUGGUGCAGUAUUUGACUGCAAAUGCUCUCCUGAUGGUCAGCAUUUUGCAUGUACAGAUUCUCAUGGACAUCUUUUAAUUUUUGGCUUUGGUUCCAGUAGCAAAUAUGAUAAGAUAGCAGAUCAGAUGUUUUUUCAUAGUGAUUACAGGCCCCUUAUCCGUGAUGCUAACAAUUUCGUAUUAGAUGAACAGACUCAACAAGCACCUCAUCUCAUGCCUCCCCCUUUUUUGGUUGAUGUUGAUGGUAACCCUCAUCCAUCAAGAUAUCAGAGAUUAGUUCCUGGUCGUGAAAAUUGCAGGGAGGAGCAACUCAUCCCUCAGAUGGGAGUAACUUCUUCAGGACUAAACCAAGUUUUAAGUCAGCAAGCAAACCAAGAAAUGAGCCCGUUGGACAGCAUGAUUCAAAGACUACAACUGGAGCAAGACCUGAGACGUUCUGGUGAAGCAGGUAUCAGUAAUACAAGCCGUUUAAAUAGAGGCUCUGUAAGUUCUACCUCAGAGGUUCAUUCACCACCAAAUGUAGGACUGAGGCGUAGUGGACAAAUUGAAGGUGUACGGCAAAUGCACAGCAAUGCACCAAGAAGUGAAAUAGCCACAGAGAGGGAUCUUGUAGCUUGGAGUCGAAGGGUGGUAGUACCUGAGCUAUCAACUGGUGUAGCCAGUAGGCAAGAAGAAUGGAGAACUGCAAAAGGAGAAGAAGAAGUAAAGAUUUAUAGGUCAGAAGAGAAAAGAAAACACUUCACUGUUCCAAAAGAAAAUAAAAUACUCACUGUCUCAAAGAAUCAUGCUCAUGAGCAUUUCCUAGAUCUUGGAGAAUCUAAAAAGCAACAGGCAAAUCAACACAAUUAUCGUACCAGAUCUGCAUUAGAAGAGCCUCCUAGACCCUCAGAAGAUAUAGAAAAUGGCACUAGCUCUUCAGAUGAAGGUGAAGUUGUUGCUGUCAGUGGAGGAACAUCUGAAGAGGAAGAGAGAGCCUGGCACAGUGAUGGCAGUUCUAGUGACUACUCCAGUGAUUAUUCUGAUUGGACAGCAGAUGCAGGAAUUAAUCUGCAGCCACCAAAGAAAGUUCCUAAACAUAAAACCAAGAAAGCAGAAAGUAGUUCAGACGAAGACGAAGAAUCUGAAAAGCAGAAGCAAAAACAGAUUAAAAAAGAACGGAAAAAAGUAAAUGAAGAAAAAGAUGGACCAACAUCACCAAAGAAAAAGAAGCCCAAAGAAAGAAAGGUUUAUUAUUUCCGACAAGGACAUGAAGCAUAUGUUGAAAUGGCCCGGAAAAAUAAAAUUUAUAGUAUCAAUCCAAAAAAGCAGCCAUGGCAUAAAAUGGAACUACGGGAACAAGAGCUGAUGAAAAUAGUUGGCAUAAAGUAUGAAGUGGGAUUGCCUACCCUUUGCUGCCUUAAACUUGCUUUUCUCGAUCCUGAUACUGGUAAACUGACUGGCGGAUCAUUUACAAUGAAAUACCAUGAUAUGCCUGAUGUUAUAGAUUUCCUAGUCUUGAGACAGCAGUUUGAUGAUGCAAAAUACAGGCGGUGGAAUAUAGGUGACCGUUUCAGAUCAGUCAUAGAUGAUGCCUGGUGGUUUGGCACAAUUGAAAGCCAGGAACCUCUUCAACCUGAGUACCCUGAUAGUCUAUUUCAGUGCUAUAAUGUUUGCUGGGACAAUGGAGACACGGAAAAGAUGAGUCCUUGGGAUAUGGAACUUAUACCUAAUAAUGCUGUAUUUCCUGAAGAGCUGGGUACCAGUGUUCCUUUAACUGAUGUUGAAUGCAGAUCAUUAAUCUAUAAACCUCUUGAUGGAGAAUGGGGUUCCAGUCCCAGAGAUGAAGAAUGUGAAAGAAUUGUUGGAGGAAUAAACCAAUUGAUGACAUUAGAUAUUGCUUCUGCAUUUGUGGCCCCUGUGGAUCUGCAAGCCUAUCCCAUGUACUGUACUGUAGUGGCAUAUCCAACGGAUCUGAGUACAAUUAAACAGAGACUGGAAAACAGGUUUUACAGGCGGGUUUCUUCCCUAAUGUGGGAGGUGCGAUAUAUAGAACAUAAUACCCGAACAUUCAAUGAGCCUGGAAGCCCUAUUGUGAAAUCUGCUAAAUUUGUCACUGAUCUUCUUCUACAUUUUAUAAAAGAUCAAACUUGUUAUAAUAUAAUUCCACUCUACAAUUCAAUGAAGAAGAAAGUCUUGUCUGACUCUGAGGAAGAAGAGAAAGAUGCUGAUGUGCCAGGAACUUCUACCCGAAAAAGGAAGGAUCAUCAGCCUAGAAGGAGAUUACGUAAUAGAGCUCAGUCUUGUGAUAUUCAGGCGUGGAAGAAACAAUGUCAAGAAUUGUUAAAUCUUAUAUUUCAAUGUGAAGAUUCUGAGCCUUUCCGCCAACCAGUAGAUCUCCUUGAAUAUCCAGACUACAGAGACAUCAUUGACACUCCAAUGGAUUUUGCUACAGUUAGAGAAACUUUAGAGGCUGGGAAUUAUGAGUCACCAAUGGAGUUAUGUAAAGAUGUCAGACUUAUUUUCAGUAAUUCUAAAGCAUAUACACCAAGCAAAAGAUCCAGGAUUUACAGCAUGAGUUUGCGCCUGUCUGCUUUCUUUGAAGAACACAUUAGUUCAGUUUUAUCAGAUUAUAAAUCUGCUCUUCGUUUUCAUAAAAGAAAUACAAUAACUAAAAGGAGAAAGAAAAGAAAUAGAAGCAGCUCUGUUUCCAGUAGUGCUGCCUCUAGCCCUGAAAGGAAAAAAAGGAUCUUAAAACCUCAACUAAAAUCAGAUAUCUCUACCUCUCCAUUCUCUACACCUACACGAUCAAUACCACCAAGACACAAUGCUGCUCAGAUAAAUGGUAAAACAGAAUCCAGUUCCGUGGUUCGAACCAGAAGCAACCGAGUGAUUGUAGAUCCAGUUAUCAUUGACCAACCAUCUACUUCUUCAGCAGGAAAGACUUUUAUUUCUAAAGUGAAUACAGCUGCAAUGCCAGGGAAAACAAUACUGGAAAAUUCUGUGAAACAUUCCAAAACUUUGAAUACUCUUUCAAGUCCUACUCAAUCCAGUUUUAGUCAUGGCACUAGGAAUAAUUCUGCAAAAGAAAACAUAGAAAAGGAAAAGCCAGUCAAACGUAAAAUGAAGACAUCUGUACUACCAAAGACAUCUACUCUUUCAAAGUCAUCAGCUGUCAUUGAGCCAGAUUGUAAGAACAAUGCUCUUAUACCAGGAAGCAUUCAAGUAAAUGGCCAUGGAGGGCAGCCAUCAAAACUUGUGAAAAGGGGACCUGGAAGGAAACCUAAGGUAGAAGUUAAUACCACUAAUAGUGGUGAAGUUAUACACAAGAAAAGGGGUAGAAAGCCCAAAAGGCUACAGUAUGCAAAGCCAGAAAAUUCACAGGAAAAUAAUGUGCAUCCUAUCAGAGAUGAAGUAGUUCCUUCUUCGACAUGCAGUUUUCUUUCUGAAACUAAUACUGUAAAGGAGGAUUUGUUACAGAAAAAGAAUCGUGGAGGCAGAAAACCCAAACGGAAGGUGAAGACACAAAAAUUAGACUCAGAUCUCAUGGUUCCUACAAGUAUUAAAAUUCUAAGGAGAAGUAACCGAAAAAAGACAGAUGACCCUAUGGAUGAAGAAGAAGAGUUUGAGGAACUUAAAGGCUCUGAACCCCACAUGAGAACUAGAAACCAAGGUCGAAGGACAGCUUUCUAUAAUGAGGAUGACUCCGAGGAGGAGCAAAGGCAGCUGUUGUUUGAAGACACCUCUUUGACUUUUGGAACUUCUAGUAGAGGACGAGUCCGAAAGUUGACUGAAAAGGCAAAAGCUAAUUUAAUUGGUUGGUAG